AUGAAUCCAUUUAAUUCUCAAGGGGAUGACAAUCCAUUCAUGGAUUCAGCGCCAUCAUAUCCAAAUGCCGCUUUCACCAGUGAUCGAACCUCACCAAGAAGAUAUCAACCCUUAGAUGACGACUCAGAUGAUAAUACCACCGUCGGUAGCACCGGUCAUUUCAAUGCAUUCCCAUCCUCAACCCAACAACAACAACUGUCACCAUAUUCGAGACAAUCACCAAACAUCUUCACCAAAAGUACCGCAAAAGCCUAUUCCAAUCAUCAAUUCUUAAAUCGGACCCCAAGUCUAAAACCAAGGGAUGGAAGUAGUCUUACACCCCGGGCGGAAUAUACAUCCCAAGAAUCACCAAAACGUCACAGACGAACCGAGAUAGUCAUCAGUGAAGACGAGGACGAAGAUGAUACCGAAGAGAUUGACUUGAGGAGUACUUUAAACGGAUCCCCACGUAGAUCAUUCAGAGGCAGUGCAAUUAGCAGUGAACGAUUCUUGGAUCCACCAAAACCAAUCUUCUCCCCUCAGACAUUUGCCGAAGCCAAUCCAACUACUGUUUCAUUACUUGAUCAAGAAACUAGGGCAACCAAGGAAUAUGAAACUCAAUCGGCUUAUUCUGACGCUUCCACUGCAUAUUCGGGAAGUUCAUACAUUUCUCAACAUGAAGCCGAAAAAGCGGGAUUUGAUGAAAGUGAAUAUUUCGCUACUUCAUUAGAUGGUAAUAUUAUGCAAAAUAUUGAUAAUGGAUAUCGACCAAAUCAAAAGAAGAAAAAAUUGACAAAACGAAAAGUUAGACUUGUUGCUAGUGGAGGUAGUGGGAAUUUAGUUCUUGAGAAUCCAAUCCCCACAGAAUUGAAAAACGUCUUAACGAGGACUGAAUCCCCCUUUGGUGAAUUUACAAAUAUGACAUAUACUGCAUGUACUUCCGAUCCUGAUAAUUUUAUUGAGAAUGGGUUUACGUUACGUACGGCUAAAUAUGGCCGUGAGACUGAGAUUGUCAUUUGUAUUACGAUGUAUAAUGAGGAUGAAUAUUCAUUUGCAAGAACCAUGCAUGGUGUGAUGAAAAAUGUGGCACAUCUAUGUUCGAGACAGAAAUCAAAAGUAUGGGGAAAAGAUAGUUGGAAAAAGAUUCAAGUGGUGAUUAUUGCUGAUGGGAGGAAUAAAGUGAAUGAAUCAGUUUUGGAAUUAUUGACUGCUAGUGGAUGUUAUCAAGAUAAUUUGGCAAGACCUUAUGUUAAUAAUCAAAAGGUCAAUGCUCAUUUAUUUGAAUAUACUACUCAGAUUUCGAUUGAUGAGAAUUUGAAAUUUAAGGGGGAUGAAAAGAAUUUGGCUCCAGUGCAGGUGUUGUUUUGUCUUAAAGAAAAGAAUCAAAAGAAGAUUAAUUCCCAUAGAUGGUUGUUUAAUGCGUUCUGUCCCGUGCUUGAUCCUAAUGUGAUUAUUCUUCUUGAUGUGGGUACCAAACCUGAUAAUCAUGCAAUUUAUAAUUUAUGGAAAGCUUUUGAUCGUGAUUCAAAUGUUGCAGGUGCGGCGGGUGAGAUUAAAGCUAUGAAAGGUAAAGGAUGGAUCAAUCUUUUGAAUCCUUUAGUUGCUUCUCAAAACUUUGAAUACAAGAUGUCGAAUAUCUUAGACAAACCGUUAGAAUCUAUAUUUGGAUAUAUCUCGGUCCUACCAGGAGCAUUAUCAGCAUAUAGAUACAUCGCCUUAAAGGAUCAUGAAGAUGGUAGUGGAGGCCCAUUAACUUCAUAUUUCAAGGGAGAAGAUUUAUUAAGUGCUCACGAUAAUAAAGAAAACAAGGAAAACACCAAAUCUAAUUUCUUUGAAGCAAAUAUGUAUUUAGCAGAAGAUAGAAUCUUAUGUUGGGAAUUAGUUUCCAAGAAAAAUGAUAAUUGGAUUCUUAAAUUUGUUAAACUGGCCACGGGUGAAACUGAUGUUCCUGAAACCAUUGCUGAAUUUAUUGCCCAAAGAAGAAGAUGGAUCAAUGGGGCAUUCUUUGCUGCCUUGUAUUCAUUAUAUAAUUGUAAUAAGAUUUGGGCUACUGAUCAUUCAUAUGCUAGGAAAUUCUUCUUACACAUUGAAUUCUUCUAUCAAUUCAUUUCAUUGGUGUUUUCAUUCUUUUCAUUAAGUAAUUUUUACUUAACAUUUUACUUUUUAACUGGUUCAUUAAUAUCAUAUAAAGAGAUUGGUAGAGCUGGGUUUUGGAUUUUCACAAUAUUCAAUUAUUUAUGUAUUUGUGUUUUAACUUCCAUGUUUAUUGUUUCAAUUGGUAAUCGACCACAUGCAUCCAAAAAGAUUUUCAAAACUUUGAUUAUCCUAUUAACUGUCUGUGCCUUGUAUGCUUUUGUUGUUGGGUUAAUCUUUGUCUUUACUGCAAUUGAAAACUUUUCAAAAGGUGGCACUUCAAGUUAUGUACUUAUUAGUAUUGUGGUUUCAUUAUUGUCAACGUAUGGAUUAUAUACCUUAAUGUCGAUCUUAUAUAUGGAUCCAUGGCAUAUGGUUACUUCAUCCAUUCAAUAUUUCUUGAUGAUUCCGUCAUAUACUUGUACAUUACAGAUCUUCGCAUUUUGUAAUACUCAUGAUGUAUCUUGGGGUACUAAGGGGGAUAAUAACCCUACUGAAGAUAAAUCGAAUCAGUAUAUUAUUGAACGGAAUGAUCGUGGGGAAUUUGAGGCGGUGAUUAUAGAUACCAAUAUUGAUGAAGUAUAUCUUGAGACAUUGUAUAAUAUUAGAUCGAAGAGAUCAAGCAAUAAGUUAAAUGUUGGGAAUAAUAUUGUGACUAAGCAAGUCUUGGAAGGUGAAGAUUAUGCUAAAGAUGUAAGAACAAAAGUUGUAUUAGUAUGGAUGAUUGCUAAUUUGUUUUUCAUCAUGACUAUGCUUCAAGUAUAUGAACCUGGAGAAACUCAUAAGAAUUUAUAUCUUGCUUUCAUUCUUUGGAUGGUGGCUAUCUUAUCAUUGUUUAGAGCAAUUGGAUCUUUGGGAUAUUUGUUACAAUCAUCAGCUAGAUUCUUGGUUGAAUCAAAGAGUAAAUGGUUUAAUAAGAAACAAGGAUAUGGAAUCCCAGGUCAUAAUCCAUUAAAUUAG